AGUUGGACAUUAUCUCGGUUCCUUCACAUUUGUAUGAAUAUUUUAAAUACUUUUUUUCUCAAACUCUGGACAGAAUACAAAGUGAGCAUAAGGUCCGUAUCAAAGGUACUGUGUCAUAUCCUACAGGCAAUGUGUGUUUAGAUUUUGAGACAAGUAAGUCAGCGAACAGGAAAGCAGCUCAAGAAGCUUUUACCAGAGCAUUUCAGAAGGAAAUAAAGAAUGUGACCCAUAGGGAUCUUCAUUUUGCAGAUAAUAAACUGGCAUUUGAAGUCCAAAAAACACUGACUGACAUGUUUAAGAACCUUCGUAUUAAAGCUGAAGGAAAAGUCUUAAUUCUCUGGGGAAAUCCACAGGAUAUCUUAGGAGUUCAACAUUUCAUUGAAGCAAACUUCUCUCGCAAACCACCUCUGGAAAUGGUGCUUUCCGAAAACACGAUGCAGAAUGAAAUUGAGGUUGAUACCGAUCACUUGCGUCUUCUGCGCCAUGAAAUCAAAGAAAUAGAGAAAACAUAUGACACUGUCAUGGAGCUGGUGAACAAACCGCUAAGUCGGAAGACUCUCAUUGUAUUUAAGCCAAAACGCAAAGACGUAGACCUCUCUGCACAUGCUUAUGAAGAUUUCAUUGAGCUGUUUCAGAUGCUCUUACCUGAAGUUGUCAGAGAGGUAGUUAUAUUGAAGCCAUUAAGCCAAGAGAAAAAGCGUUGGCCUGAAAAGACAUUUUUUGAAGACUUUGAAAGAAAGCACCCCCAUGUAAACUUGGAGUGGUAUGAACAAGAACUGACAUUGACUGGUUUGCCCAAGUACAUUGCAAAAGCAAUGAAAUUUGUUAAGAGACAUUUUAGUAUUGAAGGUCUUCCUCAGGAAAGACAAGGUCCACCUCUCUCCCUUGGAGAAAUUUGGUAUAGAGAUCCCAAAUCCCCACUGGACAGAAAUGGUGCUGAUUUAAAGAUGGCUUCAACUCCCUUCAAGGGAUUGCCUGGCUGUGGGGACUUAGGAAAAGAGGAGGAGGAACAAGAGGAUGAGUGUGCCAUCUGUCUGGACACCAUUCACCACAAAGAAGUCCUCUCAAAGUGCAAGCAUAAGUUCUGUGGCCCUUGUAUCAGAGAGGCCAUGAAACACAGACCAGCGUGCCCUGUAUGCCAGACUUCCUAUCAUAUCCUGAAGGGGAAUCAGCCAGAUGGAACAAUGACAACCUCUUACAGGACUUCUUCACUUCCCGGUUACAAUUCAUGUGGCACCAUUGUGAUUCAGUAUGACAUGCGGGGAGGGAUUCAGACAGAAGACCAUCCCAACCCAGGAAGACGCUAUGAAGGCACAAGACGGGUGGCGUACUUGCCCAAUAAUGACGAAGGACGGCAGGUUUUGCUUCUCCUCAGAAGAGCUUUUGACCAAAGGUUGAUUUUCACAGUAGGACAGUCUCGGACGUCAGGAGUCAAUGAUGUGAUCACUUGGAAUGAUAUUCACCACAAAACUCUCCAGUUUGGUGGGCCAGAAAACUUUGGUUACCCUGAUCCUGGCUAUCUGCAACGAGUCAAGCAGGAACUGAAGGCAAAAGGAAUUGAGUAAACGUGUUGACUUCAAGGAUUCCUUGAGAGCUGAACUCAUAAAAGUUGCAGCCAUGGAAAGCAAUCAAAGCAAUCAUUAAAAUAUAUAUGCGUGUAGGCACCAUCUAGAAAAAAAUAAAAGAACUUGAGAAGAGCUUAAUUUGUUUGGGGUUGAAUCAGAUGAACUGUGAUCUGCUAACCUAUCUAAUUUUUUGGAGCUUUUAACUUUUUAUUAGACGUACUUAGAGCCUGGUAGGGAAGUAAAAGUUCCUCUAGUGAGAACCCAGAGUGUAUCUCUCAGUGCUUUCCUGCCUGUCUCCAUUUUGCUGUCACCAGGGACACUGGAGUUAAGGAAUCUUCCAUUGUACCACUUACACAAGGUGAUGACUGACCUUCAGGUCCAUUCACAUUAUUUGUGGAAAGCUGUUGGUAGCCUCAGAAUUUACCAGAGCUAGCUCCCUUGUAACUGGAAUGGUAGCCAGAACAUUAAAAAGACUAGAAGACAUCUUGAAGAAGCUUAUUCUCCAAAUAUAAGAGUUCUUCACUUCAGAAAGAAACUAUCCAUCCUUGGGGCUCUGGCAAAUUUAAUGUAAAUUUAUAAGUGGGGAAAGAUAAUUCUGUCUUCAAUCAAGUCCAGUGACUUCCAAUCACUUUCAGGAACAGAUAGAAAAGCCUCAGAGCCCUUCAUAGCCUUACCCCUCCCUUUAUUCCCCCACUAUGUACUGUGAGAUUCAGUGAUACUGGCCUUCCUGAUGUUCCUUGCACAAGAAACUCCAUCUGUCUCGAUUGCGCAUUUUCACUGGAAAUCCACCAUGCCUGGAAUUCUUUUCCUCCACAUUUCCACCCACUGGCUUCCCUGACUUCUUCUAAAUACCACCUUCUACAUGAAGCCUUUCGCAAACCCCUUAAUAGUGAUGGUUUUCCUAUUUGGAUUAUCUCCAUUUUGUCCUGUAUGUAACUUGUGUGUACAUAGUUGUUUGCAUAUUGUCUUCCUCAUUAGACUACA